AUGAAACUGAAGAGGUUUCUGCUGCGCUACGAUCCACCGGGAGUUGGCCUCGAAGUGGAGGCCGAUGACCAGGUCACCGUCCAGCACAAAAACCUCCCGGCGAAGUCUGAGGUCUCCACAUCGAAGGAAGUCCACGCCUUGGUCGACCAGCUGAUCGAAGGAGAGCCCGCUCUACUGACGCGAAAGCGGCAUAGAGAAGGCCUGAUCCAGUUGCUCGGAAGGUUGUACCAGGUGGAGACUGCAGAGGAGGAAAGGCCGAGCGAGCCCCAGGAUGCAGCGGAGGAUCCCAAGGAUCGUGAAGAGCUGCAUGGGCAAAGUGUGGUUCUCACCGGCCUCUCUGGAUCUCAACAGGCCUUCAACGGCGAGGUAGCAGUCGUUGUCAAGGCAAAAGGAGACAAGCAGAAGUACGAGGUGGAAGUGAAGGGGCAAGUGGUGAAGGUGAAGGGGAAAGAGCACUUGCUCCAGGUCUCUAGCAAGGGCCCACUGGCUGCAGGUGCCUUCGUGGCCAUCCGCGGGCUGCGCAACCAUGUUGAACUCAACGGCUGCGUGGCCCGGGUGGCAGAGUGCCAUGAAGAGUCCCAGCGCUAUGAGGUUCGUGCGCUAGACAGUGGCCAGCUCUUCCGGGUGAAGAAGGACAACGUGAUCCUCAUUGAGACCACGCCUGCAGUGCUAGCAGCCUCGGCGGCGAUGAAAGAAAACCGUGAGCCGAACACAUCACCCCGCAAGGAGGGUAAUUUACCGGCAACGGGUGAGACAGACGAUGUGCUGGAGGUGGGCUCGACCGUUGAGCUGGUGGGAUUAAAGACCGCCCAGGCAUACAACGGCCAGCAAGCAGAGGUCCUCUCUGUGGAUCAAGUUCGAGGCAGGCCCGUGCCAGUUUCACAGAAGAAUUCACCCAUCUGCUCUGCGUUCAAUCUGCAGGUCGGCAAGCAGAAAGGAGUGGAAGUGCAACUCUUUGCUCCGAUCAACUUUGACGAUCGGUUGCUUGGCUUCCGAGCCAUCCUGGAAUGGGCCAAAGAUUUCAAAAUGAUGCCCGUGCGUGUGCCCCGACGGCAGCUGGAACGGAUUUUCGUGACCUGUCACGCUGGCAACAUGCCCUCGCAUGAGAAGUUCGCAUCCAAGAUCACGUAUCCAGAAUUCUUGACGUUGGUAACGUUCUGCGGCAACACGGGCGAGCCCAUGGAUUUGUCCAGGGUGGACGGAAGCCGAUUCCGCGAAAACGAUUCGAAGCAUUUCGAAGUCAUGAAAUGCCAUGUUGAAAGAAGCUUGUUGCCUGCCGUCAUUGGCUCUAGCAUGGUUAGCCGCUUGAAACCUCAUCAACGGCUGCUAUCGCGAUCUCGACCUCGACCUCUUCGAGUUCACAUCACAUUGUCUCUUCUUUCACUAAGAGCUCUACUACUGGACUCCAUCAUGGCAGUCCUCAGCUCAUGCUACUCGUUCUUCACCAGCUCCACUACGCUCAACAUUACGUUGCGGACUAUGGUCCUGGCGGCUCUCACCUCCAUGCUCUUCAACGCCAUCGACCUUCGUCUUCCCGUCCCAGCUGCGGUGGAAGAGUUGACCGUCGUGGUUGUACUUCUCGCCCUGGAACUUGGUCUCAGCCGCCGCCAGGACAGCACGACCAAGAAGAGCAAGCCAUGCCCCGGUGAGCGGCGUGUCUACGAAGAUGUCACCGGCCUGGCUGGGCGGCUCCAGGCAGCUGCCAAGGCAGGUGACACGGAUGCAGCAGAGGCCCUGAUGGAGAGGAUUCUGGGCGAGGGUACCAAGCCCAGCUUGGUUUGCUAUGGAGCCUUGAUCUCAGCCUUUGCUAAAGCCGGGGACGUGAAGCGUGCGGAGUAUUGGCUGGAGGCUCUCGAAGCCUCCGGUGUUGGCAGCCCUAACGGGAUCUGCCUGAAUAUGUUGAUCAGUGCCUGUGCCAAAGCCAAUGCUGUUGAUCGUGCAGAAUAUUGGCUUGUGAAGAUGCCUUCUUUGGGAUUGAGCCCGGAUGUCAUGAGCUACAACGCCGUCAUCGAUGCUUGCGCAAGGACGGGGGACGUGGUUCGGGCAGAGCGUUGGCUUGAGAAGAUGAAGGCUUCUGGCACAACCCCCAAUGUUGUCAGCUACAGCUCCGUGUUGCACGCAUGUGCACGCAGCUGCGAUGCCAGUCUGGCCGAGCGCUGGCUCGAGCGCAUGUCGAAGGAGGGCGCCGAGCCGAAUGCCAUCUGCUACAAUGCCGUGAUCAAUGCUUGGUGCAAGGAGGGCAACACUCGACGUGCAGCUCAUUGGCUCGAGCAGAUGUCUCAACGAGGAGUCCAGCCCACCGUUAACAGCUACAGCACGAUUAUCGACAAGUUGGCGAAGGCUGGUGACAUCGACGGUGCCGAGACCUGGCUGAUGCGUAUGGCAGAGGCAGGAGUGGAGGCAGAUGCCGUCUCUUACAACAUGCUCUUCAGCGCUUGCAGCAAGAUGGGCGAUUCAGUGAGGGCCGGCAAGCUCUUCGAUCAGAUGAUGCAGCGGAAGGUCACCCCAAACACGAUCUGCUUCAAUCUGAUCAUCAACACUCACAGCCGUCAAGGUGAUUUCUAUGCUGUUCUGCGACGUCUACGCCAGAUGCGCGAACAGGGCAUCCAAGCUGAUCGUGUCAGCUUCAACACCUCGUUGAAGGCCUUCUCGCGUUGCUCCGAUUGCAAGGCCGUUGAGAAGCUCCUGGAGGAGAUGCAAUGUGCCGGUGUGAAGCCCGACGUCGCGGCCUACAACACCUUCAUUGCUGUGUGCAUGCGUGCCAAGGACGCUUCGAAGGCCGAGGAAUGGCUCUGUCGAAUGACAAGUGCCGGCGUACAGGCAGAUGCCGUCAGCUACUGCACCAUGAUCGAUGCCUUUGCACAGAGCGGCGACUUGCACCGGGCCGAGAAAUGGCUCGAGAAGAUGGAGCGUUCUGGGCUCCAGGUUGGUGCCACAACCUACGGGUUGCUGAUCAGUACGGUCGCCAAGAUGGGCGACGUUGGCCGGGUGGAGCGCAUCUUCGAGCGAAUGGACCGUGCCAACGUCGAGGUCAAUGGCUCCACCUACAACGCGCUCAUCUCGGCCUGCGCUCGGAAGGGGGACGUGGACCGCGCCGAGUUCUGGCUGAAGAAGCUCCUGAAGUCCAACGCGCAGGCGGAUGUCGCCAGCUACUCCUCGGUGAUCCACGCCUGUGCCAAGGCGAACAGCCUGCGCCGGGCCGAGGCUUGGAUCGAACAGAUGGAGCACGACGGCAUCCCAGCCAACGUGGUGACCUACAACAGCGUGAUCAAUGCCUGCGCGCGCUGUGGGGACGCCACCCGUGCCGAGUACUGGUUUCAGAAGAUGACGGCCCAGGGGGUGCAGCCGGGGGUCCUCACCUUCAACUCGAUGGUGAACGCCUGCGCCAAGGCCUUGGACGUGGAUCGCGCCGAGAAGUGGCUCCAAGAGAUGCCAAAGCACAAUGUCCAGCCGGAUGACGUGUCCUACAGCACCGUGAUCCAUGCCUGCGGCACUGCCCAGGAACCCGAGAGAGCCGAGCAAUGGAUGAAGCAGAUGAUCUCUUCACUUUCCAGCCAAGGUGAGAAGCCGGGCUCUUUCUGCUACAAUUCCAUUGCCCAGGCCUGGGUUCGAGCUGGCGAUGUGGACCGGGCCAUGCACUGGCUUUCCGAAGCAGAACGCCUUGGGGUGGAGGUGUCCUCUGCGAGCUUGAACGGUGUUGUAAGUGCACUGACCCGAGCUCGCCGACACAGCGAGGUGGAACUUUGGUCCUCGAAGGUUCGCAAAGGUGAUCGGGGCGACAGGGGCGAGCGCCGCUACCCGCAACGCCUUGAGCAGGUGAAGCGACUCGCCACGUUCCUUUGCUUAAGUAAUUCGAAGAAGGUGAAGCUGCACCUCCACAAUGCCUACCGCGACACACACUUCUGGAAGCUGAGUGAUGGUGCCGACUUCCAGAAGGAAGCCCGCGCCGCAGAGAUGAGAUCCCGACCCCACUAUGAGGUUGGCUGCCUGGAGAUUGACACAGAAAUUACAGCAGCAAAGAAGUUUCUGGAGAAGUUCACCUGGACAAAUCCAGACAAUCUCUGGGAAGAGUUUGAGGCACCCUUCUUGGACAUGGGCGCCAGUGUGCUGAACCAGAAGUCCAAACGCUUCAAGCUUCAGAUCAUCAAUCGAGCCCUUGUGCUCGCGAAGUUGAGCAUCCAGCUUUCCAACACGGGUCCCUUGCGGCUUCCGUGGAAGGACUGCAUGGUCGGACCAGGGCAGCAUGUCAACGUCCUGAUCGACACAGCACCCAUCGAGUGUGGCGAGUGGCGCGGAGCCAUCCGCGUUUUGGGCAGUUGGGCCGGGUUCUUUGGGAAGGUGGAGGGGGAGGUGCGCAUCCCCACUUACUUCAGGGUUCAGACGCAGAAGGACAAGGAUGCAGGGAGGACUCUGCCGGUGCACGCUCCGCGACCUUUCCGGCCGGGCAGUGCGAACAGGAGCCCAGCGCUACGAGAUUGUGUGGGAUGUGGGUAG